AAAAAAAAUACGGAUGUGCUUUGUUUUUGUUUUAGAGCCAGCUGUCAGAUGUACAUUUAGGCUGCAGAUGUUGUUUUAAAUCUGCUAUUUUAACAGGUAGAGAUCGACAAACAACCACCGUGGGACCUGAGGUAGGUAACACGAAUGUCGUUGCUGCGCUUGUUAUUUUAGCUUCCAAGCUAACGGUGUGAUCAACGGUUUGUCCAGACAGCUGAACUGUUAAUAAAGUUGAUCAUCGAUACAACCUGCUGCAGCUAAAACAUCUCAGAGAAAAUGAACAGCUGGAGUUGACUGUGCCUGGAGAAGAUGAUGCUACGUGUAGUAACGCUACUGAAUCUAUUUUAUACUGAGGCUUUCUCUGUGGGUUCAUGGUUUCGGUGCUGUUAUGUUGUUAAUGUUUGAGUAUAUUAUACUGUUUGCACAUUUCUGAAUAAAAGUUUGCAUUGGCAGUUUUUUUUCCGACUUGAUCUUCAUCAUGGUGGAGCCCACGGCAUCCGGCGUGUUCUGUAGCAGGAUGCUGAGCAUGGUCAACUCUGAGGAUGUGAACGCCAUCAUCCAGGCUCAGAGACACAUGCUUGACCGCUUUGAGAAAACCAAUGAAAUGCUCAUCAACUUCAACGGGCUGUCUAACGUGCGACUGCAGCAGAUGAACGAGCGCUUCCUGCUCCACACCCGCACCCUUGUGGAGAUGAAGAAAGAUCUGGACAGCAUCUUUAGAAGGAUCAGGACACUAAAAGGGAAAAUUGCUAAGCAGUACCCAGAAGCUUUCAGCAAUAUUCACGAGUCACCGAUCCUGGAGGACGAUGAUGAUGAGUUUGACCCAGUUCCUCCCAGUGUUGCCACAACAGUUACAACAGCCACCUCAGAGCAGAGCACAGAGUCGUGUGACACAAGUCCAGAUGUGAUCUCACCCACUGUGAGCAGAUGCUCUGAAGAUCUCUCUCAAGAGCCGCCCGACACGCCCACCUCCAACAUCCUAGAGACCGCCGUCCUACAGGACGAAGGUCCUGACUCUGUACCUGCAGAAUAGAGCGGACAGUUUGUGAAUGGAUUUCAUUAAACUUGAAACUAAGUUGGCCUUUACAAUAUUUGCUAACUUUUCCAGUCAUUAGUCUGUCUUUUGCAAAGGGCAUCACAACCUCGAUGUUAGAGGUGGCUAUGAACUGUCUCUGAGGACACUGGAUACUUGUUGGCAUGCUUAUUUGUCCUACGCCUGCACAGCACUAAAAUAAUGCAGAUAAUACUUGAAGUUGUAUAUUAUCUCACUAUAGCUAUAUCUGUCUUACUGACAGUAAACCUCACUUGUUAUGUGAAUAUAAGCAUAUUUCAUUUGUUGAGUUUGAAGAGACGCACACCUGACUUAGGGAAGAAGUCUCUCAUGAUGUCACUCAUGAUUUUUGUUACUUGAAAGACAAAAGUUAGUGUUCUAAACCUGAAUAAUAGUAGUUUGGGAUUGUGAGUCAUUCAUAUAGUUAUUAACAACACUGUCAUGUUGCAGCAUUGUUUUUCUGUGGAGCUCUGUUAAAACCAGGGGUAUGAAUAAUUUUAGCAGCAUUUAAUCUGAUGCUUUACUGAUCCUGCCAAGAAGUUCUCCCUUUUCUUUCCUUCCCAGUUGCAGGGGGGCCAGAUUUUAGGUUAACUCUCAGUUAUCUGUGUCCCCGACGCUGUCAGGGACUCAGCAGACUAUUCAAGGAUACAUUAAAUUUGCUGUAAGAGCCGGAAACCAGGUUGUGUGAGUGUAUGAUCUAACCAUUCUGCCACAUUGCUACACAUUAAAGAUGCAGUUUUCGUUUAAA